CAAAUAUGUCUGACAGAAAUUCGCAAUUCUAGGGUAGCCAAUGUAGCCCCUUAGAAAUAAGUGGAAACACUAAAUGUGUGUACGAGGCCAAGUAAGGUCAAAAUAAGAGGGAGGGGUUUAAAGUUUUCUUUUACCUUUUAGUCCUCAGAACAUUUUGACUUUCCGUUUGGAUCUGAAAGUGACAGUAAUAUUGUCCUUUCUCUUUUAAAUAAAUAACCGGACUAAUAUAUUGCAUUUUUUGAUAGAUUAAGACAUUGGCUGUGAACAAACUUUUCAGUUUCAGUUUAGUAGAGGGUUUUACGGCGCUCACAACUGCAUACGGUCAUAUGAGCGCCAGAACAAACUUUGCUCAGUGUAAGUCUAAAAAGGCUUAAGCUCUCAUUUCCCCCUUUUUGAAACUUGCUUCUGAUUAGUGCAGAGAACAGACAACUAUCAGAUAAUCUCUUUAUGUAAGCUAAGCUAAAUGUGGAGUAUGACUAAGACCAGAAAGUUCAAAGAAAAGUAAAGACCAAAAGAUUUCAGGAAUAACGCAGACCACUAACUUUCACUUUUAAAAGAAGAUCGAAGACCACAAACUUUUUCAGAAGGACAAAACCCACAAACUUUCCUUAACAAGAAGGACAAAAUCCCACAAACUUUCAGGAAGCACAACGACCACGAACUUGCACUAACAAGACGAACGGAGACGGCAAACUUUUGAGAAGGACAACAACCACAAACUUUCAAGAAGAACAAAGACCACAAACUUUGGCUAUCAAGAAGGACAAAGACCACAAACUUUGGCUAUCAAGAAGAACAAAGACCACAAACUUUGGCUAUCAAGAAGAACAAAGACCACAAACGUUGGCUAUCAAGAAGAACAAAGACCACACACGUUGGCUAUCAAGAAGGACAAAGACCACAAACUUUCCCUUUUAAAAAGGACAACGACCACAAACGUUCACUUUCAAGAAGGACAAAGAUAACAAGCUCUCAGGAGGAAGAACCGGCAAAGGAAGAAACAUACAGACAGACACAGAGCUAGACGGAAACGUCUACGACCACCAGCAUGAGUUUCCCCCACACACCUAACGCCACCAUGAGCUGUGUGCCGGGAGAACGCUUCCACCCUUAUUUGCCAGAUCCUGAAUUCUUUCUCAUGUUCUCGUCUCCAAAGAAACCACCUGAGUACCCAGCUUGGGAGAUUGCGCUCAAGAUUCUCUUCUACGUUCUGGCCAUCCUCCUGGACAUCGUGGGCAACUCCCUGGUCAUCAUCAUCAUGUUCGUCAACCAACGCAUGCGCACAACGACCAACGUGCUAAUUCUGAAUCUGGCGGUCAGCGACUUCAUGGUCGGUAUCUCCUGUAUGUGGAUCCAUGUCGGCGCACAGAUCUCUCCGGAAUGGCCCUUUGGACAUUUCAUGUGCAAAUUCAGCACCUUUAUACAAGUUACGUUAGUGACAUCCAGCGUUCUCACGCUAACUGUCAUCUCAGUGGAGCGUUUCAUCGCCAUCGUGUACCCCUUCCGACCUCACUGGUCAGCAUGCACCACUGGUUUGAUUAUCGGUAAUCAAGAUGCUGGUUAUCGUCCUGGUCGCCUUUGUCGUCUGCUGGACUCCGCAGCAAAUAUUGUUAUUAUGGGAUGUCUACCGACCUAUGUAUGAACAACAUUACCCCACGAGGAAGCGGGGCGGAAAGCAGAGGACAGGUCGCCCAAUCCAGACAAAGCUUACUGAAACUCCGACACAAACACGUCAUGUAGCCUACUGGUGGGCGCUCUAAGUGUUAGCUAAGCUGGUACAUUGUAUCAUGCUGGACUACGAAAAGUCCGGUUCGAAUCUCAGACUGGUCGUUUUUGAACUCUGGUCGUUUUGUGAGUUUUCAAAGUUCUCAACCCGGCAUCUGGCUCGACCCUAUUGGAGACGGACAUUAAAUAAAUUCGAGGGUCCAGCCUUUCACUUUUACUUUAGAAAGGGGUUCUCGUGGUCUUGAAGUGCAGUGUUCAGCUCUCAUUCAAUAAGCCCUGGGUUCGAAACCUGAUGGCGAUGGAACAUUUUCUUCUUAAAAAUUUUCUCGUUUUUUUUUUUUACCAUCUUUCCUGCUCUCACAUCAUGUUCUGAAUUUUGCUUUCACUUCCACUUUAAAAAUUUGGCAAACACUCAGAUUCGAAAUAUGAACGUCUAUGCCCUGUCUGAGGGUGUAACCAACAGCACACUACAAAGAACAGCCUUUUAUUCUGUGACCACCUUUUCAUUGUCCAUCAGUGUCUUAAAUAACAAUAUAUAUAAAACCACAGCAAUAACAAUUAUGACAUACUA